CACGAAUGAGCGAAUCCGGGCCCCGGGGUGCUUAGAAGUUUGUUUCAAAAAUCAAAAUAUUCCUAAAAAAUUAGAAUAAAAUUGUGGUAGGCUUUAUACCUUACACUAAUAAUUUGUGAUUAUACACGUGUACUAAGUAGCCCUAAUAAAUCUACACAGGAACCUAGUAAAAUAUAAAGUGACUGUAUUUGUAGCCAGCUAGUGCCAUCACCAUUUCGUACUUGCAUGGUUUUCCGUUUUACUGUAUUUAAUCUACUUCAUCUUUAUCUUUUGUUUACAAAUUGUUUAAAGUUCAGCCACUGAAUAAGAUUUAAUACUUGUUCAAAAUGAGCGUGAUAGGAGAGACUCAGGACAAAAGGAAAGUACCAACAAUGUUGCAGAAAAUAUUACGCUAUGACAGCCAAGUCACAAAAAAGUUUGUGGACAUGUCCCAUAACAUAACAGCAUUGAGGUCCCUGCGCAUACAUUCAAAGUUCUUAGAGGUGUCCUGCCAUGGUAUAGUCUGGUUGGCUGGCUGGCUUAGCUUCAUUUGGCUGUUUAACAACAAAGAACUGUAUCAAUUACAAGUGAAUGUGUUAAUUGCACUAUUAUUAGACAUCAUCGUAAUAGCAGUUUUAAAAGCCUUCGUGAGAAGACGUCGGCCGAUCCCAAUGAACAAAUUAUUACCAGGGAACCCUGACAAAUAUUCCUUCCCAUCAGGCCAUUCAAGCAGAGCAGCUAUGAUUGCAUUCAUUUUGAUCUGCAUAGACCCAAUCUCAUUUAUUUUCUACCCUCCUCUGCUAGCUUGGGUUGGAGCUGUGGCUCUUUCCAGAGUUUUGUCAGAGAGGCACUACUUGUUGGAUGUAUUUGGUGGACUGGGCAUUGGAGUGUUGGAAGGUCUAUUUAUGUCUUUGAUUUGGUUCUCUCAAAGUACAGCCAUCAGUAUUAUAUCAUCAUUGUCUGAUGAAAAGAAAGAUGGAGGAGAGUACCAUGUUUAGCGUAAAAUAUCAUUUUCAUAUAAUCUAAGUUUGCAUUUCUAAUGUUCUCCAAAUAUUAUGUUUAUGUACAUGAACAAAAAUCAAAAUAUUAAUGUUACUGUUUGUGUAUCUAAUUAAAUAAAACAUAAAACCUUU